CAGGACAUGACGUAAUUUGUCAGCUAGCAACCAGCUGAGGAAUGAUACUGAAAGUGUGUGUGUGUCUGUACGUAGGGAAUGGGGACCCUAACUUGUGAUAGUGUUUCAUUUCCAGUGUUGUGUUUGUAAGGAUCUCUUGUGCAGUGUGACGUUAUCUGUCAUUGAGAGCUAUGAAGAAUUUCAUAGUUUACUUAUCUUUUACAUCCCUGAACUGAUUUUCUUUGCCGAGUGCUUUGGAAUACUAAUACCCACUAGUUUAAUACGUUGACGUAGAUGUGUGGUUAAAAGUGAUGACUUUUGUAACUCGGUACUUGGCCUUUGAGCCCAUAAUGCUGACUAGAGGAAUAGCAGCAUUUUACAGAACGAAUGGAAAGCCUUACAGCGAUAUGGAGUCCUCGUCCAUUCGAUCUACUGUCACCAAAAGGGGAUAGAAUCCUUAACAUCACUUCGUUUUGUAACUUCUAGUAUCCCAGAGCAUUGAGCAAGAUGGAGGUUAAGAGAGAGCUGAGCUCCAUAACCAUUUCAGUGGAGGGUAUGACAUGUAAUUCCUGUGUUCAGUCCAUUGAACAACAGAUAGGAAAGGUGAAGGGGGUUCUCAGCAUAAAAGUAUCUUUGGAAAAAAAGAUUGCAGAACUUAUUUAUGAUCCCAGAUCGCAAACACCUGAGAGUCUGCGGGAAGCUAUUGAUGACAUGGGUUUUGAGGCAUCUCUUAAUAACCUGGAUCCAACUCCUGUGUUAACAGAGACCGUCUUUCUCAGCAUUCCUGCUCUGACCGCUUCAUUAUGUGAACAAAUUCAGAAUGUGUUCUCAACACUUCCUUGCAUUCUAGAUGUGAAAUUGGAUGUUGAACAAAGGAGUGCAACAGUGCUGUUUAUUCCUUCUUCUGUGACUAUUCCUCAGAUUUGCCAGUAUAUUCACAAUAUGAACUUGGAUGUUACGGUGCUGGAGAAGGACUUGACAUUGACUGAAGAAACCAUCCAGAACCAAAGCAGUGAAGCUGUGGUGAAGAUGUUGGUAGAAGGGAUGACCUGUCAUUCUUGUAGUAGCACAAUUGAGGGAAAGAUACGUAAACUUACAGGUGUCUCUCGAAUAAAAGUUUCCUUGGAUACCAAAGAAGCUGUUAUUGUAUAUCAACCCCUCCUUAUUACACCCCUUGAAAUACAGGAACAGAUUGAAAGUGCUGGUUUUAAAACCUCCAUCAAAGCUAAACCUAAGGGACUCAAGUUAGGACCUAUUGAUGUUGAAAGAUUACUCAGUAGUCAAGCCAAAAGCUCAUCUGGGAAGUCAGAUGCAAAUUCUUUGUCUAACAUUACUGAAUCAACUGUUACUAUUGGAGUGGAAGGGAUGCAUUGUAAUUCUUGUGUGGUUAACAUCGAAAACAGCAUUUCUGAACUUCCAGCGGUGUACACAAUCGAUGUUUCAUUGAAAAACAAAUCGGCAACUAUAAAUUACAACCCAAAGUUAAUCAACCCAGAAGCCUUAAAGACAGCAAUUGAAGCACUGCCGCCUGGAAAGUUUAAAGUAAAUCUUACUUAUCCUGAGCACUUUGAAAGCUUGUCCUCCUGUGUUACUCAGAAAUCAUCAUCAUCUCCUUUACAACGAACACCAGUAAGCAGUAAAAAUCAGCCUCUGACAGGAGUAACUGAGGUAACUAUUAAAGGGAUGACAUGCAAUUCCUGUGUGCAGUCAAUUGAAGGAAUGAUUUCUCAAAAAAAAGGAGUAAUAACUAUAAAUGUGUCUCUACAAAAUGAGAACGGGACUAUAGAAUAUGACCCAUUACUUACUAACCCUGAGGUUCUAAGGUCAGCGAUAGAGGAUAUGGGAUUUGAUGCCUUCUUGUCUAGUAACUCAACUGCAAAAACAGAAGCAUUAGAAAAUGAGGGUAAUGCCUUAGCAAAUGACAUAGAAAACGGCAAGAAAAAUCCAGCAAAAGAGACUCCAUCCAAGUGCUUUAUUCAAGUUACUGGCAUGACUUGUGCAUCUUGUGUGGCGAACAUUGAAAGGAAUCUAAAAAGAGAAGAUGGAGUAUAUUCUGUGCUUGUUGCUCUGAUGGCAGGAAAAGCUGAAGUAAGAUACAAGUCUUCUGUUGUACAGCCUAAUAAAAUAGCAGAAUUAAUACAAGAGCUUGGGUUUGGUGCUACAGUGCUGGAGAACUACGAAGGGGCAAAUGGAAGUCUGGAGCUUGAAAUAAGGAAAAUGACCUCUGCUUCUUGUGUCCAUAAGAUAGAAUCAAAACUGACAAUCCAAAAGGGUAUAGUCUAUGCUUCUGUCUCCCUUGCCACAAGCAAAGCCCAUGUAAGAUAUGAUCCAGAGCACAUUGGUCCACGAGAUAUCAUUGAAUUAAUUGAGAGUCUUGACUAUGAAGUGUCAUUAAUUAAGAAGUCUAGAUCAGCCAGUCAUCUGGAUCAACGGCAGGAAAUAGCGCAAUGGAGAAGAUCCUUCUUCAUUAGCCUAUUCUUCUGUGUUCCUGUUAUGGGUUUGAUGAUUUAUAUGAUAAUUAUGGACAGCCAUUUCUCCAGUGCUCAUCACCACAAUAUUACUGAGGUGGAUCUGGAACAAUUUCAUUCUACCAUGUUUUUGGAGCGACAAGUCUUGCCAGGCCUGUCCAUUAUGAAUUUAUUGUCCUUCAUCUUCUGUGUUCCUGUACAGGUUAUAGGAGGUUGGUACUUCUAUAUUCAUGCUUAUAAAGCGCUGAAGCAUAAGCUUGCCAACAUGGAUGUAUUAAUUGUUCUUGCAACAACUGUCGCUUUUAUUUACUCGUGUGUCAUUCUUAUAGUUGCCUUGGUUGAGCAGGCAACGCUGAAUCCAGUAACAUUUUUCGACACACCACCCAUGCUGUUUGUCUUUGUUUCCUUGGGCCGUUGGUUAGAGUACAUUGCAAAGAGUAAAACAUCUGAAGCUCUUUCUAAACUUAUUUCACUACAAGCUACAGAAGCAACCAUUGUAAGUCUGGCAUCAGACAACUCCAUUGUGAGUGAAAGGCAAGUUGAUGUGGAGCUGGUACAACGAGGAGAUUAUGUCAAAGUGGUUCCAGGAGGAAAGUUUCCAGUUGAUGGCAGAGUUUUUCUUGGUCGUUCUACAGCAGAUGAGUCUCUUAUUACUGGUGAAGCAAUGCCAGUUACCAAGAAGCCUGGUAGCACAGUAAUUGCUGGUUCAAUUAACCACAAUGGUUCUCUUAUUAUUGUUGCAACUCAUGUUGGAGCUGAUACCACUCUAUCGCAGAUUGUCAGACUUGUAGAAGAGGCACAGACAUCAAAGGCUCCUAUCCAGCAGUUUGCAGACAAAUUAAGUGGCUAUUUUGUCCCUUUCAUAGUUGCUGUAUCAGUUCUUACUGUUGUUAUUUGGAUUUUGAUCGGAUUUCUCAAUUAUGAACCAGUGGCAAAAUAUUUUUCAGGUUACAACCAAACAAUCUCUCGAUCAGAGGUAAUAAUUCGAUAUGCAUUCCAGGCUUCCAUAACUGUGCUGUGCAUUGCAUGCCCAUGCGCUCUUGGAUUAGCAACCCCAACAGCUGUGAUGGUAGGCACUGGUGUUGGAGCUCAAAAUGGGAUACUGAUUAAAGGAGGUGAACCACUGGAGAUGGCACAUAAGAUAAAAACAGUGGUGUUUGACAAAACCGGAACUAUAACACAUGGUUGCCCAGAGGUUAUGGAGGUCAAGAUUUUGAUAGAAAGCAAUCGUAUGCCACGGAAGAAGCUACUGGCAGUCAUGGGAACAGCUGAAAAUAAUAGUGAGCACCCUCUAGGUGCAGCAGUGACAAAGUACUGCAAACAGGAAUUGGCUGUGGAAGUGCUUGGAACCUGUGCUGACUUCCAGGCUGUACCAGGAUGUGGUAUUCGAUGUAAAGUCAAGAACAUUGAGCCACUGCUAAAUAAAAGCAAUAAGAUGGAUGUAGAUAAUGUCCUGGUACAAAUAGACGGCCAGUCUGUGGAAAUGUUUCACCCCUUAAUUAUAAAUUCUGAGCUUCCAGUUUCUGCAGAUUCUCAGUGUUACUCCGUUUUAAUUGGAAACCGUGAAUGGAUGUUAAGAAAUGGACUUAGAAUUACAAGUUAUGUUGAUGAUGUCAUGAUGGAACAUGAACACAAGGGGCACACCGCUGUUCUUGUAGCUGUAGAUGGAGAACUGUGUGGCAUGGUUGCAAUUGCAGAUACAGUGAAACCUGAAGCUAGUUUAGCAGUUUUAACUCUAAAGUCAAUGGGUUUAGAAGUGGUCCUUAUGACUGGAGACAACAGCAAAACUGCAAGGGCUAUUGCUGCUCAUGUUGGUAUUACCAAGGUAUUUGCUGAAGUUCUACCUUCUCACAAGGUGGCCAAGGUAAAGCAGCUGCAGGCAGAGGGUAAACUGGUAGCUAUGGUGGGAGAUGGCAUCAAUGAUUCUCCUGCACUUGCUACUGCCGAUAUUGGAAUAGCUAUUGGUACAGGAACUGAUGUAGCCAUUGAAGCCGCAGGCAUCGUUUUAAUUAGGAAUGAUUUGCUGGAUGUGGUAGCCAGUAUAGAUUUAUCGAGGAAGACCGUCAAGAGAAUACGAUUAAAUUUUAUUUUCGCAUUAAUAUACAAUCUUGUUGGAAUUCCCAUAGCUGCUGGUGUUUUUAUACCUGUGGGCUUGGUUUUACAGCCUUGGAUGGGAUCGGCUGCCAUGGCUGCCUCAUCUGUGUCAGUUGUAGUGUCAUCACUGUUACUAAAACUAUAUAAGAAGCCAAGUCCAGAAAAAUUGGAAGCAAAAGUUUGCGGCCAGUUAAAACAGAAGUCUGCCUCAGAAAUCAGUGUACAUAUCGGAAUUGAUGAAACCCGCAGAGAAUCUAUAAAACUGAGCUUGCUUGCCCAAAUACUGAAUAGCAGCAGAGCCUCAAUAAAUUCCUUAAGAUCUGAUAAACGCUCUCUCAACAGCAUUGUACUCAAUGACCCAGACAAGCACUCUCUUCUAUUUGGAGAUCUCAGAGAUGAAGAUGAUGUGUAAAGGAGGAUAACCUUUACAGGUUGGUUUUACAAGUGCUCUGGCUGGCACUAAAAGUUGCCGAAGUCUUUUAGGUCUUGCAGACUGAAAUAUAAAUUAAAAUGAAGGAUUUCUUCUCAUUGAAACACUUAGACUUUUGUUUCAGCUUCUCAGGAGUUAACUUAUAAAUUGAGCAUCCCCUAAUAUUCUUUGUGCACUUGGAGUCUGUUAGAUUUAUGCCCUAAUUCCAUGAAAGUCGGUCUGCAGAAGAAGUGGGAUGAUGGAUGUGUAUCGCACUUGUACGUAAAACACUGAAGAUUUUCACAGAUCAGUGCUACAGAUGGCUACUGUUCUUUAACAUACAAGAGAUAAAUAUGAUACAGACCUACAGGAAUGUGUAGUUAAAAAAAAAAAGAAAAAAUAAGGACUGAAACCAUCUUCUGUAGUUACUGCAUCAUGGCAAAAGAGAUUGUAUUACUUCAGCCAGAAGAAAGAAGAUUUCAAAGUACCAUGUUGUUUGGUAAAUGUUUAGAGUUUGGGCAACACCAUUUAUUCCUGGACUGCAGCUUGCUUACAAUUUUUUUAAACCAGUAGAAGUAUAGCCUUUGCGAGCUUUGACUAUGUCCGCCAGCAUUUUUUUCCAUGGCCAGCUGAAAAUUACAGGUUUCAUUACAGUUGUUUUCUGCAUUCCCCUUGGAAAAUGUGAUGAUGUUGAAAGUAAUUAGAAAUGAGAGAGGAGACAGACUCUUGAGUUAAAUUCAGCAAGCUUGAUGCAGUGCUUGUAUAGAAUUGUGUUCAUCACAGCCAUGAAUAUUUAUUACAGGCUUCAGAUGCAGUACAGUCUGCUUUCAGACAUUUUAACACUGUCAUAGCACUGUCACAAAUGUAAAGCACUUUGAACCAUGUGCAUAUCCUUGUUGCAUAAAGGGCUGCACUAGUGUUGCAGUAGUUGUUGGAGGUAGUUUAAAACAGCAGUACUGGUUAAACCUGAAGUGUCCAUCAUUUUUCUGAUUUGUACACUGCUUCGGAUGUAUUUAUGCAUUUUAAUUUAAUUGUUAGGCUGUUUGUGUCUUUUGCCUCCAUGCCUGCUGACAAUCAAGCCUCUCCCUAUCAGUCUUGAGCCAGACCAUUCAUUCCUUCAUCACUGGGGAAUCCGUAGAAUGAGUACAGGAGACAACUUGAGGGGCAACCAUGGAGGUGAUUAGUGCCCUCACCAGCAUCCAAGCCAUGAGAGCAUUUCUAAGUAAGGCUUUGACUCCUCCUCCAAAAGCUGAAGUGAGCAACCACUUCUCUGUGGGAUAUUCUGUAUCCUAUUUGUAUGAAUGUGUGCUUCCACUCGUAAGCUAGUGUAUGAUACCAUCACUGCCUUGGUAUUGCUAAGCUUACCCCCCCCCCCCCAAUUUGAAGCUGUGCAAGCCUCUGUUUGCAUUGUUGUGAUUGACCCAUUGGAAGUUGCCUUUUCCAGCCCCCAUGAUGGGUGAGUAAGCAUCACCCAUUUGUUCCCUUCCUCUCAUGUGUGGUUGUGCCAGAGCCUUACCUGCCUUUUGAACUCAUUUUUGUUUUGAGUUAUAGCCAGGGGCUUAUCCGUCUGUGCCACAGAGCUAGUUACUUUUUGUGUGUGGUUUACUAGAUUUUUACAUAUUUGUAAUAUGUAUGGCCACAAAUAAAGUAUCUUGUUUCUACAUUGUUCAUCCUUAAGACUUCAUAUGUCAAAGGAGGCAGUGCAUUUUAGUUAGACUUGGCAAAUUAACUAAUAAAAGCAGUACAGUAUCCUUGUGUCUCUCCAAAUACAGUGCCUUUUUCUGCAUAUUUUUUGUAAUAAGCUGUGAAAAAAAUAAUUAAGAUUAUAAUGAAAACAUAAAAGCAAAGAUUUGCAUUUUUUUUCACUUUAAUUUAUUUAUUGAAAAUGCUAUAAGAAUACCCUUUAUGUAGUACUGCUGCUUUGACAGUAUGUGAAUGGUGAUGCAAUCUUUGAAAUCCUAUUGCAAGUGGAGGGGAAAGUCCUCCAUUUUAUUGUCAUUUUCAUUUGUGGUGUUUAUUUUUAUUUGUAUUUUUUAUAUGAAAAUGGUCACUUCAUCUAGUUUGAAUCAUUUUGAAAAUGUAGUUCUGUGAGACAAUCAGUGUUCUUAAAUGCCAGGUCAUAAGGUUCCCUCUCUUCUUGUAUGCCUGUCUUUAGAAAUGGGAUACUAAUUUUACUACAGCACUAAAGAGUAAUUAAAUUCAAAACUAAUAGUUUAUAUUUUAAGAUGUCUGUAAUAAAUCAUGUAAUCAUGUUGAAAUGUAUAUGUGUUUGUGUAUAUUUAUACCUCUGAGAUGAAGUCCAUCCUCAUUAAUCAACAACACUAAAACUACAGGCCUUUAGUCAGCUCAACAUCUAAAACUUUCCUAGGCUACUAGCCUCUCCCCUUUUUACCCAUAAUGCUGUGGCAACAAGCUUCUUCUUCUCCAUUAAUCUUUUGCUGCACAUUCAGCAAGCAUCAGAGAAAUGGUUUCAGGCAGUGUUGACUUACAUUCUUCUUUUCAAAGUGUUUUUUUAGGUGGUAUAGUUCAUUUAUAUAAUUUUUGAGUCCCAAUCAUGUUCCAGAUUGGAUUUUUUCCUUUUUUUUUUUUUCUCCAUAUUUUAACACAAUUUUUCCUUCUCUGUCACAUCCUAGGCCUCAGUGCUAUUAUUGCGUCAGCUAUUAUAGUCAGUUACUUGUUGCUUUAUCUUUGAUAAUUGUUUUCCUGUUUUAGAAUUUAAUGUUAAAAUAUAUAGUUAUUGUUUGAGCGUUUUUACUUUAUUUUCAUUUUUUGAGAGUUUUUAUUUUUAUGUUUUUGAGAGUUUUUACUUUGCCUUUCAUACUGUAUUAUGGUUACUUCUGUUGUUUUAUUACUGGUUGUCGUACACAGCUGCUCAGGUGUUUUACCUUAAAGAUUCCAAAGUUCCUGUUGUUUUUUUUUAGGGGGGGUGUAUUUGUAGAUUGGUACAGCAUGGACAGUAGAAUUUCCCAAAAAAUGCAAGUGUGGUACGGUAUCCCACCCCAAAACACUCUUUCUGCUUAGGAAAGGAGCAUUUUCAGGAAUAGUGUAAUAUUUGAGAGUCUUGCACCCCUAAUACAGUUAUAUAUAGGAAGAACAAGUUAUUAUUUUCAAAAAUGAAAGAAAGCUCUGCAUCUACUUCUUAUGGUGCCUUGACUCCAAGCUCUGUCCUGAGAUCGAGCAGGUGUGAGAACUGAGCUCAUGAUUGAUAAAAUUCAUGGUAAAGAUAACAGAGAUGAACAGAAACAAAGAAAAAAAAAGCAUAAGACUGACAAAGAUGAUAAUAGUAGAAGUGAUAGAAUGAAAAAUUAAUCUUCAGGUGAUAAAAAAGUCUACAAUUUAGGAGUCUUCAUUUUGCACUCACACCGUUUCUGUAGAUCCUAAGAUAUAAAAUUGUUUGACGAUUUUGUAGCCAUUUAGUGAGAACAUACAUUUUCUCUUCUAUUUCAGAUGCUGAAGUGAGAAAAUUAAUUUUGUUUUCCAUUCUUUCCUGUGCAAGAUCAUUUAUAUCUUAAUUGGAGUUAUUCCAUUCAGCUUUGAACUCCGCUACAAAAAAGAUGAAGACGUGCAGCAAGUCCAAAGAACAUGUUUAUCUCUUUGUUUCUGAGGGUAAAAAGAAACACCUCAUCAUCACCAGGCUUUUCUUCCCAGAUGUCCUGUUUCUCCUUAGUGGUCCUUAUUCACAUGGUGGUCCCAGUGAGGCUAGAAUUCAAUCUCCACAGAUAGCAAUGUCUUUAUUGACAGACGUUUUGAUGCUUGCUGUGGCCUUUAUAGAGAGACUUCAGCCUUUAGGGUUUCAGCAUUUGAAGUCAGUCUUGCUACUGCUUUCAAAAGCUUUGACACCAUUGUUGUUGGCAUUGAAACUCUUUCGCCCCUUGGCUCAGACUGUAAGUCUCGGUUUCACUGCUGAAACUUUCAGCAUUAUUGCUAUUCUUAUUAAAAUCAGCUUUUUACCUUUUAGGGUCGACACUGUUGGCAUUGAAGCUGGGGUCAACAAGCAUCUUGCUUACAUUUUCAGAAGUGAACUGGUUGGGUUCAGGGCUGAUGGUGUGGGUGGGUCCUCAAUGCCAUCUCUGAUGGGUUUCAGACUUGGGCAGCAAGGCCCUUCAGCUCCUAGUGUGGUACUAAUGUUGGUCUAUAAUACUAGAAUGCAUUCAUUACUGUGUUUACUGCCUUUGUUGCCUGUAUCCACAGUGAUGUUACUUUGGCUGGUGCUUUAGCUGUUCACCAUCUGUCAGAACACAAGACUGUAAGAACAUAAGAUAGGGAUUAGAGGGCCUUUACAUUAUCAUGUCUGCAUAUAUAGUUCCUUGUAGGCUUCUUUGUCAUAUUUGGACCCAUCACCUGUAAGACGCAGCAGGAAGUGCAAGAGGAGGCACUUUGACUUUUGUGAAGAAUCCUCUGUACCAGGUGUUGAUAAGGUUGACUACCCUGAUUCUCACCAUUAGCCCAAUGGCACCAAUAUUUGAAAGAUAUUAAAGAUUAAGCAAAAAAGGGUUUGACCACAGACCCCCUCAACCUCUUGUCAGUGCAUCUAGCAGGAUGCCCCCCCCCCCUUAUUUGGCGAUGUCCCAACUCAACUUGUUAUUAAAACAA